AUGCGCUCCCUCCCCAACAUCAUCAUCACCGGCACCCCCGGCGUGGGCAAGACCACGACCUGCACACAGCUCGUCGGUCUGGCCUCAUCCGCGACGCCUCCCAUCAACCUCAAGCACCUCUCGAUCAACGACGUCGUCAAGACCCGCGACUGCCACUCGGGCUACGAUGAAGAGCUGCAGACGCUGAUCGUGGACGACGACAAGCUCAUGGACGAGGUGGAGCAGGACAUCGCCGACGGCGCGGGCGAGGGCGGCUGGGUGAUCGACUGGCACUCGACGGCCGGGUUCGCGGUGCGCUGGGUCGACCUCGUGGUCGUGCUACGGUGCGAAGAGACCAGCGUGCUAUACGACCGCCUCGUGGCCCGCGGGUACAAGGACUCGAAGGUGCAGGAGAACAUGGACGCCGAGAUCUUCGGCGUGGUCAGCGAAGAGGCCAAAGACGGAUGGGGCGAGGAGGACGAGGGGCGUGUGGUGGAGCUGAAGAGCGUGCAUGCCGACGAUAUCGAAGAGAACGCGGAGCGUAUCCUGCAGUGGGUGAAGAACUGGAUUAAAGACCACAAUACGGACGGGAUGGGAGAUUAA